CAUUGCCAGUUUUGACAGGGGAGGGUCAGUGCAGCCAGCCGGUAGUAGCUGAAGGAAUCUGUCCUUACACCGGGCUGCGAGUUACUCAGUGUGGGGAAACACUCGUGGACUAUUACUAAGUAUCCGGCCUUCAUAACAGUGGGGACAAGGACUUUUACUGGCAUUGAAAACGGAAACUAUCAUGAUGGCAGUCUUUGGCAGCGCGGGUCGUUUAAUACAAUUUGCUAGGAGCAGCGUCAGUCUGAGUGUCAGGAGACGCUCCACUGCUGCUGCUGCUUUUGCCCAGACUCCAGACACACAGGAGAACAGGAAACCUAAGACGGGCAUCUUGAUGCUGAACAUGGGAGGACCGGAGAAACUAUCAGACGUUCAUGACUUCCUGCGGCGGCUCUUCAUGGACACAGACCUGAUUCAGCUGCCUGUACAGAAACAGCUCGGCCCGCUCAUCGCUAGGCGACGGACUCCAAAGAUCCAGGAGCAGUACAGUAAAAUCGGGGGGGGCUCGCCCAUCAAACACUGGACCUCCAUGCAGGGGGAGGGCAUGGUGAAGCUGCUGGACGAGAUGAGCCCUGACACGGCUCCUCACAAGUUCUACAUCGGUUUCCGGUACGUUCACCCGCUGACGGAGGAAGCCAUCGAGGAGAUGGAGAAGGACGGAGUGGAGAGAGCGGUGGCCUUCACGCAGUAUCCUCAGUACAGCUGCUCCACCACAGGCAGCAGUCUGAACGCCAUCUACCGUUACUACAGCAACAGAGUAGACAGUCCAAAGAUGCGCUGGAGCGUCAUCGACCGUUGGCCCACACACCCUCUGCUGGUGGAGUGUUUUGCAGAACACGUCAAAAACGAGCUGCUGAAGUUUCCAGAGGACAAGAGAGACGACGUCGUCAUUCUGUUCUCCGCACACUCGCUUCCUAUGGCUGUGGUAAACAGAGGUGACCCGUACCCUCAGGAGGUGGGGGCCACAGUUCAGAGAGUCAUGGAGAGACUGGGGCACUGUAACCCUUACAGACUGGUGUGGCAGUCCAGGGUGGGGCCCAUGCAGUGGCUCGGCCCCCAGACGGACGAUGUGAUUAAAGGCCUGUGUGAGCGAGGGAAGAAGAACAUCCUGCUGGUGCCCAUCGCCUUCACCUCGGACCACAUCGAGACCCUGCACGAGCUGGACAUCGAGUAUGGACAGGUGCUGGGGCAGGAGUGUGGGGUGGAGAACAUCAGGAGAGCAGAGUCGUUGAAUGGAAACCCUCUGUUUAUGGAGGCUCUGGCUGACCUGGUCAACUCCCACCUGAAGUCCAACAUGUCCUGCUCCCGUCAGCUGACCCUCCGCUGCCCCAUGUGCACCAACCCCACCUGUGGAGAGACCAAGGCCUUCUUCGCCAACCAGACGCGCUCAUAGAAAAACACACGCACGCACGCACGCACGCACGCACACACACACACACACACGCGCACUGGUGCCCAUCCAGCAGCAAUCUACCUGUAAAGAAACUAAGGACUUCUUCAAUAACAGAAAACUCACACACACCGUCUCACCAGAUAAAGUGUCAGUAAAUAAUUGUAGAAAAAUGACAUGAGGAAAUGGACGUUGAGACGUUUGUACCUACAUGCUAGACGGGAGGAGUUGAACCACUGCAAGUACCUUACCUUAAGGGAGAAGUCUGUAAUAUAUAUAUAUAUAUAUAUAUAUAUAUAUAUAAUAAAUGACAAACAAUACCAUCUGAUUUGCAAAUGUGUGAAUAGUAUCAAUAAAACACAAAAUGCUAAAAACUAAUAUCUGCCCUGAACACUCACCUCAGAGUAAGAAUCUUGACCCGGUGCACCGCGCAUUAAAUCAAACAUCCAUUUAAGGAUUUGCAUUAAUGGUAAAUCUGACACUCUGCAUAACUUGCUUGCAUUUAUUUCAUCAAAGUUACCCAAAAAAGCACUAUUUCUUUUUUGUUUUUCACAUUUUAUUUUAUUGCAGCUCGCUUGGUAACAUUCCUCUCGCUAAGCCCCUGCACAACCCCAUCAGAGACCCUGUUUCUCUUCACUCUGGUGCUCAAUGAAUAACAGAAGGCCAUGAAGACAUCCCCACUCCCAGUGGCCCCCACCCUCCGCUCGGUGCUGCUUAAAACACUGCUGCCUGUUUAAUAUUUAAGUAAAACAAUAUUAUUGAACUUCCUGAAUUUAUCCUGCAUCCAUUCUCUGUUGGUGCUGUGUAUGCCGACUGCAGCUGAAGUCAGGUUUAAAAGCAGUGUGGGUCUCUCAGGGUGUUAUGAAAUAACUAUGGAGUCUUGUGAGAGGGUUUACAAGCUAUGACAUGUUGCUACACAUUUCUUAAAGUGUUUAUUUUUAUACGCUUUUUGCCUGCUGACAUUUUGACCGCUUCUAGCCUUCCCUAAUGAUACAUUUAAAAACAAAACUGAGGAAUUCACUUAUCUACAUGUGCAGCACACAAAAGCAAACGCAUCAUUUUAAAAUGUGUGUUUUGCAGUGAAAAUAGGAUGAUCAUAUUGGGUGGGUGCCGGUUCCUAAACCUCAGAAAUGCACAAAUGAACUGCAGCUAGAAUUAUGAAUAGAAAUGAAAUGCAUCAGGCGUUAAAAGUGCUAUUGAUGAUGAUGAUGAUGAUGAAGAGCAUGUGGAAGGAAGUGCCACUGGUUUUGAAGUACAUAUAAAUGGAUGAUUGUUCGUAGGCCUUGACGUUAACGGGAAGUUCACAAGCAGUCUCAGAUAUGUUGCAGAUGAAAACGCACAUGGCUUGAGUUUUAAAUGCUGAUUUCCAAAACAUAUGUAAGUGAAGGCUGUGUAUUAAAAUGUCUGGAAGAUGAAAUAAUAUUUUCUAUAAGCCGUACAGUUACAUUUUCAGAUAGUAGGUCAGAAAGGGAAGAAGUAAUUUUUGAUGCAUUGCAGAAAAAGCGUUAAAGAACUUAAAACUACAAAUUGAAUUGUCCUUGAACAGCACGUUUUGUUUAAAACAAUAUCCUGUUGAGGAGUAGCACAGAUACAGUAAGGGUUUACAGUUCUUUUUCCAAUUGAGUUUGGAUAAGAUAUGCCUAAUCUCAAUGUAGAUGUUUUUGCCAAAGCUCCAAAAAUGUCUUGAAAGGUUUGAUCCCAUCUGCUGUCACAUUCAGGCUAAGGCAACCUAACAACGUUUAAAAAAACGUUAGUACUCCUUACCUCGACCAUCGUAAUGUGCCUUUUACACUGGCUACAAGACAUACUGGACUGGUGCUUUAUGUACAUUUUUACGUCUGAAAAUCCUCCUGAAAUUCGAACUCAGAUGCUCCUGCUGUGGAACUGGUCAGGAAACGCAAUUUCCAAACUGUUGUAAAUGAAUUCUGACCUGUACAAGUCCAGCAGAAAAAGCAAGCUAAUUAAUGAGGACGGGCUAGCUAGCCAAAUGUUGGCAAACGGAAAACAUCCUUUCUGCAAAGUCUUCAUCCCGAGGAGUUUUUGCGUGAAUAAAUAUUAGAGGACGGUAGAUUGAUUUAAAUAUGUUGCAUGCUGUACACUCUGCAUACAACAACAACAACAAUACUCCCUUGCUAGCUUGUUAACUUCUGCACAUUACUUCCGCACUUCUUCCUUUAGCUCACCAGUUUGUGUAACUCCAGUCCCAGGAUAAAUGUUGAUUUACAUAUUUUAAAUUGACAGGAGCUCCUUCCAGCACCCUAAAUGCCCAACCUUAUAUUUAACUAUGUGAAUAUGGGGAUUUUUUGAUACCAUUGGUUGUCAUUUCUGUGCAAAGCUGCUAGCUCAUCCAAAACGACAAUGACCUAACUAAGCUAAUCUUGCUGUUUUAGGAUACCAUCAAAUCAAGUCAAGACUUAUCUUCAGUUUGAAGCUGAUUUGUGCAGAAAUUGAAUGGUUUUCAGGUCAAAGCAGGAUUAUAUACUAUCGUCUGUGAUGAGUGAUGAGAUUUUCCUCAACCAACAUGUUUUCCCAUUUAUUUUUUGUUAUCCAAUGCCUAUUUAUUUUGACAAUUCAGUGCGAUUAAGAGUUUUGCUAUGUGUUUUUCUGUGUUGAGCUGUGUUUGCGUUGUACAUAAUACAUAACAAAGAUGCUGGCUUUGUUGCAUUUAUGUUGUUUCUUUGGUCGCACAAAUCAUUGUCUCUGCUGUUUGAAAUGUUGUUUUUUUUAUAUGCAAGAGGUAUCAUAUUAGCAGUGUGAUGACGCAUAACAACAAGUCUUCCUUUAAAAUAAAUAUAAUUUUAAAAAGCAA